UAUUUAUAAAAUAUGAUUGGGACAGAAUUUAAGAUCGUUGAUGGUUAUGUAGUGACUGGGAAAUUCCUAGGAUCAGUAUUUUAUAAGUUUAUUAGGGUGCUUUUGGUUCUGUUUAUAGAGGAUAUAAAGAAAAUGAUCCAAAAUAGAUUUGCGCUGUCAAAGUAUUACCUAUGAUAGAAGCUACAAAUAAUAAAAACUUUAUGAAAACAAUAAAAAGAGAAAUAGAAAUAUUGGGGAAAAUCAAAAGUUAAUAUAUAGUAUAGUAAUAAUUACCAUUUAAUAAUGAGAAUGUAUCAUGCAGCAAGAACGGCACGCAAUUUUUACAUAUUUUUAGAAUAUUGUAAUGGAGGCAAUCUAAGAGAAUUAAUGAAAUAGAAAGGAGGAUAUCUAUCAGAAUAAGAUGCUUUAACAUAUUUCAAAUAAAUUGUUGAAGGCUUUAAAGCAAUUUAUUAAGAAAAUGUAAUGCAUAGAGAUAUUAAACCAGCAAACAUUCUAUUACAUAAUGGUAUUAAUGAGGAAUUCAUUAUUAGGUAUUGCAAAGAUAAGCGAUUUUGGAUUUGCCAGAAUUGUUGAUGAUAUGGAAGGAUAAGACAGAUUUACACUUCUCGGUACUCCUUUAUAUAUGACACCACAAAUUUUGGAAUAGAGUAAAUUUAAUUCAAAAUGUGAUAUUUGGUCAUUAGGAAUCAUGUUUUAUGAAAUGCUUUAUGGUCAUACACCUUGGACUGCUAAUAGCUAAUUAUCACUUUUAGAUUAGAUUAAGAAAAAACCUUUAGUAUUUCCUGAAUAACCAAAAAGAUAAUAAAUCAUCAAGGAUUUGAUUUAAUAAAUGUUAAUUAUUGAUGAAGAAAAAAGAAUAAGUUGGUAUGAUAUUUUUGAACAUCAAUUAAUUAAAAGUAAGAGUUAAGAAUUAAAAAAUAAAUUGAAUCUUAUUAUAGAUAGUGUUUAAGACACUCUUGAAUAAUCCAUUCAAGUCAAUAGAUUUUAUAUUGAUAAUAAUCUUGUCUUAGAGUAAGGAAAAUAAUAAUAAGAAUUAUUUGAAGUUAAAGAAAGUGAUGAUGCCAAUACUCCUUCAGAUAAAGAUCCAGGAUAUCAAACUUUUGAAGAUUUAAAAGGAUUGACUUAUAAUGAUAUCAUGGAAGUUUAGACUAAAAAAUUAUAAGAAUAAAUUACAAAUAAUAAAAUAGAUGCCUAUCUAACACUAUAAAGAAAUGUUGGUAUAUUUGUUAAUCUAUCAACUAAUUACAUAUUUGAUUUGUAUAAAGAAUAACUUAUCAACAUUCCUACACAUUUAUUUUACAGAAUUCUUCUCAUUCUUUAAAAAAAAUAAAUGAUUAUUUUUGAAGAUCUUACAAAUAUUAUGGCUAGCAAGGUAUUCAUAUAUUUAUAUAAUAUAGAUUCAAAUUAAUAAUGGUUUUACUGAUCAAGAUUGGAAAUUAUAUAAAAAAAAUAAAUAAUAUUUUACAACUCUUAAAGCCAUUAAAACAGAUAAAUACUAUAUUAAACCUUAUUAUGAAGAAAUUUCUAAAAGAACAUCUACAUAUUUGAAUAAUCAAAUUGCAUAACAUAAAUUAAAUGAAUAAGAAUAGCAUGAUUCAAAUGAAUUCUUAUCUAUUAUGGCUAAUGGUUUAGUUUAAGAUUUAGCAUUUAAUUCUGUCUAUGAAAAAACAUUAAGAAUAACUUAAAAAAUGAUGUAUGAACAAUUAUGUUAAUAAAAAAAAAUAACAGAAAAUAAAAACUUUUUAUUAGCUCUAAAAUAUUUGGUAUUAUGUUUAAAUCCUGAAAUGUAUUUUAGAUAACAAAAACAAUUUCCAGAUUUUAAUAAAUUUUAUGAACAUUAUAAUAAUUUAGAAAUGGAACAGCUUUUAGAGGAGAUUCAUAAAGAGUUUUCUUCAUUUUGA